UGCGCGUUGCGAUUUUUAGGUUAAACUUUUACAUUCAGGAGAUUCAGGUUAUUGGAGAGGUAGGUGCCUUCAGCUUCCCCAUUAAUCUUCGCAUUUGUUUGUGGAUAGAACAUCUAUAAUCUGAUGUGAAGAUACCUUUCGCCUCCAAGACGCCUAAAAUGGAGUACAUUAAAGUCCCUGACGAAUUGCAAAAUAAGGGAAUGGUGCCCUGCUGCGAAUGUGGGACCGCCAUCGAGCCAAAUCCUGCCAAUAUGUGCGUAGGCUGCUUGCGUUCCCACGUCGACAUCACUGAGAGCAUUCCCAAGCAAGUGACGCUGCAGUUCUGCAAGAAUUGCGAAAGAUACCUUCAGCCACCUAGCGAGUGGAUUCACGCCGCGCUGGAAUCCAGGGAACUCUUGACGCUAUGUGUGAAAAAGUUAAAAGGAAUGAACCGUGUGAAAUUGAUAGAUGCCGGUUUCAUAUGGACAGAGCCGCAUUCCAAAAGAUUGAAAGUGAAGCUAACUGUUCAUGCAGAAGUAAUUGGCGGAACAGUUUUGGAGCAAGUAUUUGUGGUCGAAUACAUCGUAAACAGUCAGAUGUGCGAAGAUUGUCACCGUACGGAGGCUCAGAAUUACUGGCGCGGAUGUGUGCAAGUCCGGCAGAGAGUGGCUAACAAGAAAACGUUUUACUACCUAGAACAGUUGAUAUUGAAACACAGGGCACACGAGCAUACACUGGGCAUAAAGCCCGUUCAUGAGGGUCUGGACUUUUUCUUUGCAAACGAAACCACAGCUAGGAAAAUGAUUGAUUUUAUAGUAACGGUCAUACCGUGCCGCACUCAAAACUCGAAGAAAUUAAUUUCACACGACUGUCAUAGUAAUUUGUACAAUUACAAGUUUACAUUCUGCAUUGAGCUCGUUCCGCUCUCGAAGGACAGCGUAGUUUGCCUACCACGGAAGUUGGCUCAUCAAUUGGGUGGCAUCAGUCCUGUUUGUUUGGUAUACCGAAUUACAAAUUCUGUGCAUCUUAUAGACCCUUCGUCAGGGCAAAUCGCUGAACUUGAUUCGACUGUUUACUGGAGAUAUAACUUCAAUAGUAUAUGCGAUCCGAAACAAUUGACAGAGUAUAUUGUAAUGGACAUCGAACCAAUAAAGCAUAAAGGGAGAAAAAAUUUCCCAGGACAAGGAGCUAUUUCUACCAAACAUAUCACAGCGGACGCAUGGGUAGUGAAAGCAACUGAUUUGGGGAUAAACAAUAAUCCAAUUCAUACACGUACGCAUUUAGGCCAUGUACUUAAAGCAGGUGAUUCAGUACUUGGCUAUAAUGUGAAAGACACCAAUAUUAACGAUACCAAUUUCGAUAAUUUGAGUGAAGAUUCAAUACCUGAUAUCAUUUUGGUAAAGAAGUUCUACAGCCACAACAAGGCUGCCCGUCGCAAGGCACGAGUAUGGAAGUUGAAGCAUAUUAACGAUGAAGUAGUCAGCGUAAACACAGAAAACACCGAAUACAAUGAAUUCCUCGACGAACUGGAAGAAGAUCCAGAAAUGAGACAGAACAUUAAUAUCUUCAGAGACAUUCGGAAGCAGAUACCUGUUGAUACUAAUGAAAUAGAUGCAAGCAUUCCGCAGAUAACGCUUGAAGAAAUGAUGGAUGAUCUUGUAAUUGAAGAUUAAUAAGCUCGAACUUUUUAUAUAAGAAUAUAUUUAGUAUAUAUCUUAUAUAUAUAUAUGUAUAGGUAGAACUUACAAGAG